ACACCCAACAACAACAAAUCGCUGGCAGCCAAUUGUAUAGAUAAAUGAAAUAUUUUUAUAAAAUUAGUGUUUAUUAUUAAAUAUAUUAGACUAUCAGACUAUGUUAUCGCGUAAGAGUAAAGACAAGACUUCCAAAACAGGGUUGGCUGGAAAAUAUAUCAAAAAAGAUACUUCAAAUCCAGAAAUAAAGCUGGUGAAUGUCUGGACAAAUGAACAAAAUAAGAAUACAAAACCAAAAAUUCGUCAAUCUACACCGUUUGAUGAUCAACCAUCAUCAAGUAAGAUAAAAAUAAAUGGAUUGGGAAAUAGCCAGGAAAGAGAUGAAUUUUCUCAAGGAAAAUUCACUCAAAAUCCGUCGACUUCUAGUAUAAAUUUGCCAAUCUUGUUUGGAAAUAUGCAAUUAAGUGAUCAAAGCAGUGUUCAUCAACCAUCAGUUGAGCCAAUACGACGUAUUUCUAAUCAAUCACACACAUCACUUGCUCCUUUUCAAAAUGUUCAUCUUCAAAAUAGUCACGGAAAUUAUGUUGAUAUUGAUGCAAUUGAUUCAAUCUUAUCAGAAAACGACAAUUUCCAUCACUUUGCUGCUACAAAUCAGUAUGAAAGAAAUUCAAGUGAAAAUCGUAUGCAAUCAAUGGUGGACAUAGGCAUGACAUCACCAAUCUAUGAAAAUCAACCAACAGGAGUCAACCGAUCUGAGUCGCCGAUUUAUAGUAAUACUCACAGUCAAUCUGGACCGGCAUUAUAUCCAAAGUCACAAAAUAUCUACUCGAAUCUUCCAGCAGUCACUUCUGGUCCAUCAACGUCGGGCUAUGCUAAUAUUCAACAACACAAUCAUGGAGUUCUUGCUACAAUGCAUCAGCAAUCAGUAAUGCCAGCUGACGAGCUUCCGCUCCCACCUGGAUGGUCAGUCGACUACACACUCCGAAACCGAAGAAAAUAUUACAUCGAUCACAAUACUCAAACAACGCAUUGGUCUCAUCCAUUAGAACGUGAAGGGAUGCCGUUGUUUUGGCAGCGUAUUGAAAAUCAACAAGGCGUUUAUUACUACAAUUACAUCACAAGACAAGCACAACUUCACCAUCCUUACUUGACAGCGUACUACUUGCCAUCAGCUCAUCAAGCACCACCAUUCGUCCCACAUCAUGAAUACUUUUCACCUCAAAGCAGUGCACUCGUUCCAGCUAAUCCACUGUUAAACGUUGAGGUUCCAAAGUGGAUAAGAAUCUACUGUCGGUCUUCCAAUGAAAAAGAUCACAUAAUUAAAUUCGAUUUGUUUAAACUAAAUCAACUUGUUCAUUUCAACGAGAUGAUAACGAAAUUAUUUAAAGAGGAAAAUCAUAACAUUGUUCUGAAAUACGAGUCGCAAAGAAUUGCAAUCAUAUACGAGAUGGAAAAGCGAAAACGAGGACAACGUCAACAACACUUUAUGUAUCUUGAAAAGCUUAACACUGAUUCAUCUGUUUAAGAAAUUCUUUUAUUAUCAUCAAAUAUUCAUUUUAACGCGUAAAAUUUGUGAUAAUAAUUAAGUUCCUUUUUUUAUAAAAUAUCUACAUAAAUUAAUGUGCCUUGCAAAUUAUAAAGAAAACUAUUCAUUCAAACUAACGUUGUUUUCUUGUUCUACCUUAACUUCUGUAACUAAAUCAUUUUCAUCAAUAUGGUCAAAUAUUUUAGUAUUGUCAACUUCAUAAGUAUCUUUCAACGAUAAACCAGAAAAUGAAUAAACUUUUGCAUGUUCCAUACCAAACAUUCUCGAGAAUUGUACAGCUGGUCUAGAAUUAUCUGUUUCUACUCCAUGAUGUUUGGCCCAAUCAGCUUUUCCAUUGUAAAUUUGAUAACACACGAAUCCAAAAGCAUUCCAUGCUAAAAAUCCAUAUGCUAAACUCAAAUUACGCUUCCAUCUAUAUGCAACGUUAUGUUCAAUUGGUUUUGUGUUUCUACGUAAGAACCUCCGAACAAAUCCAAACAUAAUUUCUUAAUAUUUGGACUUUUCUUUAUUUUUGUUCUUAUUUUUUCUUACGACAAUAACAAACAA